CGAGUGGGCUGGGCGCGCAAGAAGUAUCUGCGCCUGGCUGAACCAAUGUCCAUCUUCUGGAAGCAAAUGCCCUCUCUUAAAGACAGCUCGGAGGGUCAGGCAACAAUUAACAAGUUUAACCACCUCUGUGAGGCUCUCGUCGGCUAUGAAAUACUCUCCUAUCGCGCCUGGAAGAAGAUCGUAAGUUGUCAACGCUGUAACUGUGGCUGUUUCACCACAUAA